UUUCACUUCAUUUAAAUUAUUAGAUUUUUUAAUGUUGUUGGCCUAUAUUUUAUCACAUAAAAAUUCUAUUUCUAAUAAAGGUGGAUGCUACGGACUGAAUGUUUGUGUUAUCGCAAAUUUCUAUGUUUGAAGUCCUAACUCCCAAUAUGACGGUAUGGUUCUCUUUGUUUGAAAUAUCCACAACAGGCAACUCUAUUAAUACAAAGAUAGAAAAUAGCUCUCAAGUUCGCUCGGCGUUUGGGUUGGUGGUACCCACGCGGGGUUCAACAUGCGUAUCGAGAAGUAUUAUUUCCGAGAAGUAAUAUUUCUGUCAGAGCCUAUCUACCCCAGCCACGGCAUGAUGUUCGUCCGCAACGACUGCAAGGUAUUCAGAUUCUGUAAACCCAAGUGUCAUAAAAACUUUAAAAAGAAGAGCAAUCCUAGGGAAGUUAGGUGGAGGAAAGUAUUCCGGAAAGCAGCUGGUAAAGAGCUUACAGUGGAUAAUUCAUUUGAAUUUGAAAAACGUAGAAAUGAACCUGUCAAAUACCAGCGAGAGCUGUGGAAUGAAACUAUUGAUGCAAUGAAGAGAGUUGAAGAGAUCAAACAGAAAUGCCAAGCUAAAUUUAUAAUGAACAGGUUAAAGAAAAAUAAAAAACUACAGAAAGUUCAGGACAUCAAAGAAGUCAAGCAAAACAUCCAUCUUAUCCGAGCCCCUCUUGCAGGUAAAGGAAAGCAGCUGGAAGAAAAAAUGGUGCAGAAAUUACAAGAAGAUGUGGACAUGGAAGAUGCUUCUUAAAAACCUUACUGAAGCAUUUUUCAAAAGUGCAUUUGAGGGCCUCCCCGGUGGCGCAG